AUGUCGACAUUUGAGUACAGCUUCACAGCAUUUGACGAUUUCCCAGGCCAUAGAAACAACUCUUCUAACUCCCCCCCCCCUUUAAAUUGGAACUAAAAAUUUUGUUCCAAUUUAAAGGGGGGUUAAUUUUUUUUUUUAAAAAAAAAAAUAUCAAUAUAAAAUUUUUUAUAAAAUAUAUAAAAAUUAAAAAAAACAAAAAUUUCAAAAGCUUAUCGAAUUAGAUCAAUAAAUUUGUUUAAUAAAAUGCUAUUUACUCUUUAUCCUUUAAAACAAAGCAAGAUAUAACUAAAUUUUCAUUAUUAGUUAAUACGCCACUAUUAAUUGGUAUCAAAGUUAUUUACACAAAAAUUAUUAUUUUUAUUGAUAAAAAAAAAUUAAAAAAAAAUAAAUUUUAGAAAUUUAUCGAUCAAAGUGCUAAUUUAGAUGCUAUUUAUACUCUAUUCUUUAAAAUAAAGCAAGAAAUAAGUAAAUUUUUAAAUUUUAUAAAGAAUUCCUAUUGAAUUUAUAUCAAAACUAUCCAAAUAAAAAAAUAUCAUUUUUACCAAAAAAACAAAAAAUUUUUUGAAAAUUUUUAAAAAAAAAAAAAAUUAAUUUGUUUUUAAAAUUUAGCAAUUUAGGAUAAUAAAUUUAUUUAAAUAAGAUGCUUUUUAUACUUUUUUCUUUAAAAAAGAGCAAGAUAUAAUAAAUUUUUAAUUUUAGUUAAGAGAGAGAGAGAAAUCUUUAUUACUUAAAGGCCUUUAUUUCAGGGCCAUGUCCCGAUUAAAAUUUUUUAACUUUCUUCUUUUCCUAAAAUCUUUGGAUAAAAAUUUUUAGUAAAAUUUUCUGAACCCACGUAAUCCGCGAUUUUUUCGAUUUCUGAGUCUGAUAUGAAUUUUCUAUUUCUGAUGAAAUUUGAAUCUGAUCUAAAUUUUAUUUUCCUGGUAAUGUUUGAUUCUGAUAUCAAUUUUAUUUUUCUGAUAAAAUUUGAAUCUGAUCUAAUUUUUAUUUUUCUGGUGUUCAGGAUUUUCUUAUCGAUUGUCUUCUUAUCAUCAAUGAUCACCUCAGUCUUCCUAUAUUUGAAGGUUUCCUGAAUAGGAUCUAUUUCAUCUAGUAUUUUUCCAUCUAAAUGACUUAAAAACUCCAAUAUUUUGUCAUCUGUAUCAACAUUUUCUGUAUCACUAUCAUUUCAUUCAUAUUCUGAUUCAGAAUUAUCAAGUAAUCCUGUAUCAAUAAGUUCAUUUAAUAGUAGUAAAAGUUCGAAAAAUUCAUCCUGUAAAGCUCCGUUUUCUUCACAAAAGGAAGAAGAACAGGAAACAUUACUUUCCGAAUCUUCCAUUAAAAUAAAAGUUUUAGUUAAGAAGAAGCAUUUAACUUAUAUCAAAACUUUUUAGAUAAAAAUUAUAUAUAAUUUUUUUAUUAUAAAAUUAAAUUUUGUUCCAAUUUAAAGGGGGGUUAAUUUACCAAAAAAGUGGAAAUUUUAUCGAUAUUUUGUUCCAAUUUAAAGGGGGGGGAGUAAGAGAGCUUUGGAAGACAUUGUAGAACCUUUCAGCAGUGCUGGGGUCAAAAUUGUCCAUAGAAACAUCAUCAAAGCAUCAGUCCUUGAUACUUCAAUAAUAAUCCGAAAUAUUUAUGCACGUUUAUGAUGAAUAGCCUGCUUAGGACAAUUUUGGUUUUUUAAAAUAGCUCCUUAUGAGCUAUUUAUUUUAAACUAGUAUAUUCAUCACUACGUGACAGAGCCCUUACAUUCCCAGAAAGAAAACAAGUGGUCAUUCAUCUUGCUGAAGACACGAAUAUUGAGAACUGUGAAAUUAUAGUCGGAGCCCAAAACAUAGUAAACACUAUCCAUGAUGAUAAAGGGCAUGCACUUCAAAAUUCUCCUAUAAAUCAACUAUUAGGCCGCUCUCAUAUAUUGAAUUCUCAGUUAAUUCCUAUGCUAUCAGAACUUCCAGUAAGUCAAACUAACCUAUGUGGGACUAGCAUUGAAAAUUAUCUUUAUUAUUUAUCUCUCACUGAAAGCUACAACUGUGGGAUUUAUUCCCUAUUAAUGUGCCUUCCUCCUAACAACCCAGACAGUGCUGAUUUACUUAUGGAGCUCUGCGUAAAAAUUAAUGACUUAAUUCCUUCUUAA